AUGGGACGCCCCCCACCCGGUACAGCCCUGACCUGGAUGCUCCUGCUGUUGCUGCUGGGAGCCUGGGCAGGACUGUGCGGGGCGCAGGGCUCCAAGGUGCUGGAGGGGCAGGAGUGCGAGGCCCACUCGCAGCCCUGGCAGACGGCCCUGUUCCAGGGCGAGCGGCUCAUCUGCGGGGGUGUCCUCGUGGGGGCCAGCUGGGUCCUCACCGCUGCCCACUGUAAAAAAUCGAAGUACACAGUGCGGCUGGGAGACCACAGCCUGCAGAGCAGGGAUGAGCCGGAGCAGGAGCUGUCGGUGGCUCAGUCCAUCCAGCACCCGUGCUACAACAACAGCGCCGUGGAGGACCACAGCCACGACCUGAUGCUCAUCCGACUGCGCCGGCGGGCCUCCCUGGGCUCCAGAGUGAAGCCCCUGCCGCUGGCAGCCCGCUGUGCCCAGGAGGGCCAGAAGUGCACCAUCUCGGGCUGGGGCACGGUCACCAGCCCCCGAGAGAACUUUCCAGACACCCUCAAUUGCGCAGAAGUACAAAUCAUUUCGCAGAAGAAGUGUGAGGAAGCCUACCCGGGAAAGGUGACCGACGGCAUGGUGUGUGCAGGCAACAGCAACGGGGCCGACACGUGCCAGGGCGAUUCCGGAGGCCCGCUGGUGUGCGGAGGGGUCCUCCAGGGCAUCACCUCCUGGGGCUCAGACCCCUGCGGGCGGCCCGAGAAGCCCGGCGUCUACACCAACAUCUGCCGAUACCGGGACUGGAUCGAGAAGACCAUGGGCAGCAGGGCCUGGUCCUAG